AUGAUCACUAAUUUAUUAAUACUAAUACCACAAUUAUUUUCUCGUUCACAACGAAAACUUCACCACCCUUUAAAAAACUCAUUUUCUACAAGAACGCUAUCCAUUUUAUUGAUAAUAACAACAACAAUAACGAUAUUCCUCCCACAAACGAAUGCAAAUUACGUAAUCGGCACACCAUAUACUGAACGAGAAGACAACUUAGUAAUAUGGGACACGAUAACAUACCCAACAACCGGUGACGUUCUCACGCGUCUCGUAAAACUCAUAGCUCCUUCUUCGAACACCACGAAUAAUACAUGCGUCGAUUCAACAAUGCGUUUUCGCCUUAUUUCCGCACAAAAUUCUUCGGUGACACCAAUCGAAUUCACGUUCUCUGAUAUUCAGGAUAUCAAUUUCUGCUAUCAUUGGAUCCGGUUGUUCCCGUUAAGCGGUCCAUAUUUUAUGGUGUCUUAUUUCAAGCAAUUGAAUGAUUCGUCUUCAUCGCCACCGAGAACUGUGUAUCAAGAGAGAGCGUUGGUGGUUGAUUGGUCUGCUAAAAUUACUGCUGAGAUUAUAUUUGGAAAUGUCACAGUGAAUAGCAUUAACGAUGUCAGGAGUGGAUUUGGUGCGGUGAACAUUAAUCCUGACAAUGGGUUUAUAUGGUCUAAUUUCUAUGAGGGUUCACCCACUCUUAGCUGGGCGCAUUUUACUUCACCAAUAAAAAAAGAUAUUUUUGGACAGAUCAGUAAUGGAACUGGCAAUAUUCCAGUGUCUUGGACUAAUCCGAGUGUGAAAGUUUUUCCGACCCCUGAUGAAGGUUAUGGAUUUUUAAUAACAGGUGCAAGCACAGCAAACGAUACUAGCCUACAAUGGCACUCCAAAGUAUAUUUUCUAACCCCAGAACCGAACGUAUUGCAAAUUUCCGACCAAUUCAUCGCCUACAACUAUGAUCAACCCGCAACCAAUAUGCUUCCAAUUGAUUGUACCAUGGGAAGUGAUGAUAUGAUAUUCACAUGCGCGCUAGAAAUAAGCAGCACCAACGGCACUUCAUACGAACUUGUAUCAUUCUCACAAAUUCAACAACAAGAAAAUCCCAACAAUCAAUCAUUAAAGAUUGACACGAACGUAUUGAACGUGCACAAACUGAAACAGUUCUCAUCAGGUGGCAUUUUUGUCGCGGCGACUUUUAAGAAUAAUAAUUCGAUAACCGGUCAAAUUUAUAAAGACGGGGUGUAUAAUUUUACCUGGGAUUAUGAUCAAGUGAAAUAUGCUAACCCGUUAGUUUCUGGCCUUUUUCCGAACAAUUCGGUGUAUUUGUUGGUUUCCGCUGGAAAUGAUACGAAUGCGCCAGCAUCUAAUUAUACCGUGGUCAAAAGUUGGAAUUUGGUUACCAUUAAUCUCAAAGGCAUAUCAGAAGAAAGUGCUCCAGGAUUCAACAAUCCAAACAUCAAAGAAGCAAACCCUGGUUACAACGCCAAUAUCCUGCUAGGACUCGGACAAAUAUCAAUAACAUUUAAAAAUCCAGUCACAUUAUCGACCGGUAACCUAUCGAUCUAUCAAGUGCUCGACAGAGAUAGUCCAUAUAAUGCAUUACGACAAACAUAUCCCACCAAAGACUACGCGAAUCUUUCAUCUGAUAAUUUCAGAGUCACAUUUCCGGUGUUGGAUAGUACGUUUAAUCAUUACCAUCAAACGUAUCGUAUUGUGAUUGACAAUAACUUUGCAAGAUCGGUUUCUUUUAAUUCUUCGUUGAUGGGUGUUUCUGACUGGAUUGUUAAUACAGUGCGUAGUAUUAAUAAUUCAUCUUCAGGGAGCGUUAAUUGCAUAAUCCGCCUAACCAGCCACAGCACUGCGCAAUUCAAAUUAUUAUCAUCUGAUCUCCAAAACCAAUUCGUCACCUCACUUGUCAAAGAUCUCGAAUCAAUUGUCCCAAUACCCGAUGGACGUCUCUACGCGCCCGGCAAAUUCCAAUACGAUCCAGACACCGAUCACCAAAAUCUAUUAAUAGCCGUCACGGUCAAGUCACCUACGAAUAAUAAUGAUGAUAUGAGUGUGUCAAGCGUGAUCUCGAGUUUAAAUACGCUGAUAAGAAAUAAGUGGAUUACAGCCGUUUCGCAGAAUGAAAACACUUCGAAGUUAGAUGACGCUUUUGGAUUCGAAAUUAAACCUAAUUGCCUUAAAGACCAUGAAAAAGUUUUACUUUUUAUCGCGGGCGGUUUGUUUUUGGUCGCUCUACUUUCCAUAUUCACACGUUACAUAAAUCCAAAAGGAAGCUCAUCAUACAGUCUAUUUAAAGUUGUAAUUUACUUUUUCGACUGCUUGAUGGACUUCUUAUUCAUAUUCAAGCAUAGCGAAGAUAUUUCUUCUCUGUACAUACCAAGUUUGAUCUGCCUCUUCUUACCAAUAGCAUUUAAUUGCUUCAUGUCGGCAUUCAUACAAUUCCGCGAGGGGAUCACCAACAAAAAAUACAAAUUGUGGUACCGCAAUAAUAUCGUCGUCGCCUCGUUCUUCGGCGUGACUUCCGCAAUGAAUGUGGACGUGUUGACGAUCACCUAUUCGCAGCUAUUGGAUAUUAAUGCGUUCAAGGCGCCAUGUUCGCCUGAUAUGGGAAAAAUGAUUUUUUAUACGAAUUGUGUUAAUUUGUUAAUACAGGAUUUGGCGCAGUUCGUUAUUCUG